AUGCCGUGCACAGCGGCGCAGCUCGAGACCCUCACGGCCUCCGUGGGCGCGGAGUCCGCGGCAAUCAUCUGCGAUGUCGACGUCUCGGGGCGGGGCCUCAUGCAGGCGCAGGCGCGCCCGGGGACGAUCGACGCCGCGGGCGUCGGCGGGGCCGUCGACGUGAUGUUCAUGCUCUUCUGCGCGUACCUCGUCUUCUUCAUGCAGGCCGGCUUCGCGAUGCUGUGCGCGGGCGCGGUGCGCAGCAAGAACACGAUGAAUAUCCUCAUCAAGAACGUGCUGGACUCGGCGGCGGGCGCCAUCUCGUUCUACAUCUUCGGCUUCGGAUUUGCGUACGGCACCUGCGGCUCCGGCGACGACGGUUCCCGCAACAACGGCUUCAUCGGCUGCGGCAUGUUCGCGCUGAAUCACAUCGAGGACGAGUCGCACUGGUCCUUCUUCCUCUUUCAGUGGGCCUUCGCCGCAGCCGCGUCCACCAUCACCGUCGGCUCCAUCGCCGAGCGCACGCAGUUCGCGUCGUACCUCGCGUUCUCCGUGUGGCUCACCGCGUUCGUGUACCCCGUCGUCGCGCACUGGGCGUGGUCGCCGGAGGGUUGGCUCAGCCCCUUCAAGGACGACCCGAUCGCGUCCACGGGGAUGUUCGACUUCGCCGGGUGCGGGGUCGUGCACAUGGUCGGAGGGUUCGCAGGCCUGAUGGGCGCCUGGCUCGUCGGACCCCGCAUCGGGCGGUUCGAUGCCUCUGGCCGCCCAAUGCCCAUGCCCGGCCACUCCGCGACGCUCCUGUGCCUCGGCACCUUCAUCCUCUGGUUCGGCUGGUACGGCUUCAACCCGGGCAGCGCCCUCGCGGUCGUCGGCAAGGACCCCGCGGCGCUGUCCAACCUCGUGGCGCGUGCCGCGGUGACGACGACGAUGUCCGCCGCCGGCGGCGCGGUCGGCGCGCUGGUGCUCGUGUACUGGCAGACGGGCGCGUGGGACCUCGUCGCCGUGUGCAACGGGCUCCUCUGCGGGCUGGUGUCGAUCACGGCCGGCGCCAGCGUCGUUGAGCCGUGGGCCGCGAUCAUCAUGGGCGCCAUCGGCGCCGUGAUCUUCAACUACGGCGGGAAGCUCCUCCUCAAGCUCCGCAUCGACGACCCGCUCGAGGCCGUCAACAUGCACGCCUUCUGCGGCAUGUGGGGCCUCGUUGCCGUUGGCUUCUUCGCCAAGCGCACCUACGUGCGCGAGAGCUACGGCGACGCGGUGGCCGAGCACGGCUGCGGCGUGUUCUACGGAUGCGACGGCCGCCUGCUCGGCAUGCAGAUCCUCGGGUUCGUGGUGAUCGGCAUUUGGGCUUGCGCGUUGAUGUUUGCGCUGUUCUAUUUCAUGAAGAAGAUCGGGAAGCUGAGGGUGUCGGAGCAGGAGGAGAUGUCCGGCCUCGACGUGUCGAUCCACGGCGGCCAGGCGUACCCCGCGGAGCACGACAUGAUGAAGGAGGGGCGUCCGAAGAUCUGA